AGGGCUUCUGGCGAGAUGGCGGUGUGUGGCCUGGGCCACUGCGCGCGGCGGCUCUUGGGCAGCCUGUGCGGGCGCUCGGUGCAGUCGGUGCCACAGCUGCGCGGGGUGAGAGCCGCCUCCGGGGCUGCGGGGCAGCCAGGCUCGUACCAGGCGCAGAGCGCACAGGCGGCCCGGGAUCCCGCCGCUUUCUGGGGGCCGCUGGCUCGGGACACGCUGGUGUGGGACACCCCCUACCACACCGUCUGGGACUGUGAUUUCAGCAGCGGGAAGAUCGGCUGGUUUCUAGGAGGCCAGUUAAACGUGUCUGUCAAUUGCUUGGAUCAGCAUGUUCAGAAGUGCCCGGAGAGCGUCGCAUUGAUCUGGGAGCGGGAUGAGCCUGGAACUGAAGUGAGGAUCACAUACAGGGAACUGCUGGAGACCACGUGUCGCCUGGCAAAUAUGCUGAAGAGACAUGGCAUCUGUCGAGGGGACCGUGUGGCCAUCUACAUGCCUGUUUCCCCACUGGCUGUGGCCGCAAUGCUGGCCUGUGCCAGGAUUGGAGCUGUCCACACCGUGGUCUUUGCUGGCUUCAGUGCAGAGUCCCUGGCUGGGAGGAUCAAUGAUGCCAAGUGCAAGGUAAUCAUCACCUUCAACCAAGGACUUCGGGGAGGGCGUGUGGUGGAGCUGAAGAAGAUCGUGGAUGAAGCUGUGAAGCACUGCCCAACCAUCCAGCAUGUCCUGGUGGCUCACAGGACAGACAACAAGGUCCACAUGGGUCAUCGGGACAUCCCCCUUGAGCAGGAAAUGGCCAAGGAGGACCCUGUGUGUGCCCCAGAGAGCAUGGGCAGUGAGGACAUGCUCUUCUUGCUGUACACUUCGGGGAGCACUGGGACCCCCAAGGGACUCGUCCACACUCAGGCGGGCUACCUGCUGUAUGCCGCCCUGACACACCGGCUUGUGUUUGACUACCGGCCAGGUGACGUCUUUGGCUGUGUGGCCGACAUUGGCUGGAUCACAGGACACAGCUAUGUGGUGUACGGACCCCUGUGCAAUGGAGCAACCAGCGUCCUUUUUGAGAGUACCCCGGUUUACCCUGAUGCUGGUCGAUACUGGGAGACGGUGCAGAGGUUAAAGAUCAAUCAAUUCUAUGGGGCCCCAACGGCUGUCCGGCUGUUGUUGAAAUACGGCGACUCCUGGGUGAAGAAGUAUGACCGCUCUUCCCUGAGGACCCUGGGGUCAGUGGGAGAACCGAUCAACUUUGAGGCUUGGGAGUGGCUCCACAAGGUGGUGGGGGACAGCAGAUGCACGCUGGUGGACACGUGGUGGCAGACAGAAACGGGUGGCAUCUGCAUUGCGCCACGGCCCUCAGAAGAAGGAGCAGAGAUCCUCCCUGGCAUGGCAAUGAGGCCCUUUUUUGGCAUUGUCCCAGUGCUCAUGGACGAGAAGGGAAAAGUCGUGGAGGGUGGUAAUGUCUCUGGGGCUCUGUGCCUGUCCCGGGCCUGGCCAGGCAUGGCAAGAACCAUCUAUGGAGACCACAAGAGAUUCAUGGAGGCCUACUUCAAGCCUUACCCAGGCCACUACUUCACUGGUGAUGGGGCGUACCGGACAGAAGGCGGCUACUACCAGAUCACGGGGCGGAUGGACGACGUCAUCAACAUCAGCGGCCACAGGCUGGGGACUGCAGAGAUCGAGGACGCGAUGUCUAACCAUCCUGCUGUGCCAGAGACCGCUGUCAUUGGCUAUCCCCAUGACAUCAAAGGAGAAGUUGCAUUUGCCUUCAUCGUGUUGAAGGAUGACACAGGUGACACAGACGCCGUGUUGAAGGAGCUCAGAUCUGCAGUGGCCACCAAGAUCGCCAAGUACGCCGUGCCCGAUCAGAUUCUGGUAGUGAAGCGUCUUCCAAAAACUCGGUCUGGAAAAGUCAUGCGGAGGCUCCUGAGGAAGAUAAUCACAGGCAGAACUCAGGAUCUGGGGGACACGACCACCCUGGAGGACCCCAGUGUCAUCACAGAAAUCCUGAGUUCCUACCAGAAGUACAAAGACAAGCAAGCUGCCUCUCAGUGAUGGCCUCUAAUCAAGACCCAGCCUAUACCCUUAACUGUCCUUCUAGAAUGUAGUUCUCAGAUUUGCUCAUUUCCUACUAUCUCAGAAGCAGUCCUCUCCCAGAGCAUAACCCAUACUUCCCCAGUGUGAAGUCUGUGCUAAGCCCUGCCUUCUUACUGCUGAGAACCUAUGAAGAGGUACUAUGAGACAUGCUUAGCUUUUGUUUCCCCUUGUCCUGGAUUUGGUUUCCUGGAAUGAAAAUCACUGUCAUCUCCAUUUCUGUGUACCUCCUGGCAGCACAGGAAGGGGAAAAGCCUGGUAACAUGUGCCUGCUCAGAUGACUGAGAACUAGAAGCAACCAAUGUUUUUUCCCCCAGAUGCUUCUAGAUACAAAAGGCAGAAAUUUUAUUUUUAUACUUUUAUAUUUUGGAAGAAUGUACAAAUACACACAUGUAGUAUGUGGAUUUACAUGAACAUGCUCUUUGUAACAUUUAGAAUUGUGAGAAUCUUUUGUGCCUCUGCUCAUGAGAAAAUAUGAAGAUGGUCAGAGGGUACAUUUUUAAUGUUUGGCAUAUUGGGGAAUCCAUAUUGGAAAUGUUUAUACCUCUGUCUAAAUAUAGCUAUCUUGAGAACUUUCAAGCUUGUAGCAUCCUUUUUUUGUGGGGGAGCAUAUAUUUCUAUUUCCCUUGGUUUAUGUAUAAUAAAAUCUAACUCUUAAAAUUGA